AUGCCCCCAAACAUCUCUGCAUGGUGUGAGUCCCUUGAAGCAUAUCUUGCUAGCAUGGGCUACAAGGUAGACACAAAGGAAGGUAUACGUCGAAGGUUUAGUAAUGCAUACCACUGGUAUUGCAUCCUGGAAAUCUCAGUUGAUGAAUAUUGUUGUCCAUUGUGCUUUGGUAGUUUCUUGGGUCCUAGCUCCUCUGAUUCUGAUGCAAUUGUUUGCAUUGAUGCUUGCUUUACCCAGAAAUGUAGAAGAAGUCAACAGGAUGAUCUGGUAAACCCUACGGGUUCAGUUUUUCUGUCACAAGAAGACAUUGAUACUAUGGAAUGUGAGAUUGAAGGUUUGAGAAGGACAAAGGCAUCAAUGCAAAAGAGGAGUGGUCAGUCUUCUAAGAAGAAUUGUGGAGAUGAGGAUAGAUUUGAGCAGGGUAUGAGGAUACCACCAUCAGUCCUCAAGGGUUGUAAUGAAUCCUUCACUGCAGCUGAUGAGAGAUGUCAGAAAGCAAGUACCCAAUUCUUUUCAGAUACUGGAGUUAUGGCCCUACUCUGUCAUCAUGAUUGUGUUAUUCACCUUGCCAACAUGACUUCAGCAGGGGAGAAGCAACACUAUGCACUUGCCCUUAUCAAAUCAUUAUUCAGUCACCUCCCUGAUGAUUUUCACAUUGGGCUGUUAUAUGACAUAGGCUUCUUACCACCAGACAGGAUGGUUUGUUCAAACUAG